UGCCCCUCCCCCUUCCCGGAGCCCCCCGAGGGGCCGGAGCUCCUGGUCGCGCCGGAUCUUGACGGUGACCUUCCCCUGGGGUCUGCCAAAAUGUCUGAAAGAUCAGAUCUCCUUCACUUCAAGUUUGAAAAUUAUGGAGAUUCAAUGUUACAAAAAAUGAACAAAUUAAGAGAAGAGAAUAAAUUUUGUGAUGUUACAGUUCUCAUAGAUGAUACUGAGGUACAGGGGCAUAAAAUUGUGUUUGCUGCAGGUUCCCCCUUCUUAAGAGACCAGUUUUUACUGAAUGAUUCCAGAGAGGUGAAAAUCUCCAUAUUACAGAGUUCUGAAGUGGGGAGACAAUUGCUCUUAUCCUGUUAUAGUGGUAUGCUGGAAUUCCCAGAGAUGGAACUGGUAAAUUACUUGACUGCUGCAAGCUUUCUUCAGAUGAGCCACAUUGUAGAGCGGUGCACACAGGCCCUGUGGAAAUUUAUAAAGCCAAAACAACCAAUGGAUAGUAAAGAGGGAUGUGAACCACAGAGUGCUUCUCCCCAGACAAAAGAACAGCAGGGAGAUGCCCGAGGCUCUCCAAAGCAGGACUCACCUUGUAUGCAUCCAUCUGAAGACAGUAUGGAUAUGGAGGACAGUGAUAUUCAGAUUGUUAAGGUAGAAUCUAUUGGGGAUGUAUCAGAGGUUAGAAGUAAAAAAGAUCAGAACCAGUUUAUUUCUUCUGAACCCACUGCUUUGCAUUCAUCAGAGCCCCAGCACUCCCUAAUAAAUUCAACUGUGGAAAACAGAGUAAGUGAAAUAGAACAAAACCAUCUCCACAAUUAUGCCCUCUCUUAUACAGGCAGUGAUAACAUCAUCAUGACCUCAAAAGAUGUCUUUGGGCCUAAUAUUCGAGGUGUAGACAAAGGCUUACAGUGGCAUCACCAAUGCCCAAAAUGUACCAGGGUGUUUCGUCACCUGGAGAACUACGCCAACCAUUUAAAAAUGCACAAACUCUUUAUGUGUCUACUCUGCGGCAAGACUUUUACUCAGAAAGGCAACCUUCAUCGACAUAUGCGUGUGCAUGCCGGAAUUAAACCUUUCCAGUGUAAAAUCUGUGGGAAAACCUUUUCUCAGAAGUGUUCCCUACAGGAUCAUCUUAACCUUCACAGUGGAGAUAAGCCCCAUAAAUGUAACUAUUGUGACAUGGUUUUUGCACAUAAGCCAGUUUUGAGGAAACACCUUAAGCAGCUGCAUGGCAAAAACAGCUUUGAUAAUGCCAAUGAGAGAAAUGUACAAGACCUCACAGUGGAUUUUGAUUCUUUUGCAUGUACAACAGUCACAGACUCUAAAGGGUGUCAGCCACAAACUGAUGCCACCCAGGUCCUGGAUGCAGGUAAACUGGCCCAAGCUGUCUUGAACUUAAGGAGUGAUAGUACAUGUGUGAAUUGAGUAGGGGCUUAAUGCUCACACUUAGAACUGACUGAGAAUGUGGCAUUAGUCUGAAGUCUUUAGGAAUUAUUUUGUUAGUUUGCCUUUCCAAAGCCUCUUGUGUAGGUGGUAGUGAUUGAGCAAAAGCACUAAUAGACCAGGCAACUUACCACUUGGAGUGGUUUUGCCUUCCUUUUGCCCUCUCCCAUUUUCUUUUUUGAGUUAUUUAUCCUGUGAUGUCUGUUUUCCUUUCUCAAGGAAUAAUUCCAUUUGUCUACCUGAUGUUAAUUUAUAUCUUAGACUGACAAUAGUUUAGGCUCUUUUACCAAGCACAUUUUGAAGGUACCAACAAAUUAAUAGCAUAACCUACUUUUAAUAGAUGCUAUGCCAUGAAAAGUGAAUAAUAUUUUUCUUUGGCAAAAAGCAUGGGUUGAGAUAUAAAGUAAUACUGCUGUUGUUCUAAAUAUGUGAUAGCAUCCACUGGAUGCCUACUGAUUAUUCAUGUCUGAAAACAUGUGAAUCUGCCUUCUAUCAUUUGUACCUGUCGUGGAAGCUGGAUAUAAACAAGUAUGUAGAUUUGUUCUGUACUUUUCAACACUAUCUCAUUGAAAUACUCCCAUAGACCAGAGUACAAUCUUUUCAGCAACAUUUGGCAGACAAAUAAUUUGGAAUUGCCAUGAGGAGCAUAAUCAGCAAAGGUCAGAAAUGCAAUUAUACAAGAGCACUUAUGUGGGAGGUUUUCCAGGUAGCACGUCCCAGCAAAGCACUAGAUGCUUAUGAUAUUAUGUAACUUACUUAUUGAUGCUUUCAUAAUCAGGAUUGCUUCAGGUACACUUAAAAUGUGUUAAAAGAAUUGUUGUAUCUAGAACUAAACUAUUUAGGAGUUUCUGAAUUUUAUAACUUCCAGAAAAUGAGUUUGGAGAUCAGAGUUGUGUCCAGGACACUAAAUAAAUUCCUCAAAAUUUUUCUUUAUACACCUAAUUUCUAAGAUAGAUGAAAAAGUUAAAUGGGACACAGUCAGAUUUCUUGCAUCCAGAUACUCCUCUUAAAGGAAAACUGCCUUAAUUUGCCACCUGAGAUAGAUGGAUAAGAGUUGAUUUUCCAGUACGGAGAAGCAAAACAACUGGUGUUUCCUAAAACACAAUUCCGACAUAAAAUUUUAAUCUUGUUUGUUUCUGGCCCAUGAAAUAGACUUAGGUAAUAGGAAUGUUACAGAACUUAAGAAUCCUUUUAUUUUGUGUGUGUGUGUGUGUG